AUGAAGUUCUCAUCUGUCCUCUAUCUCGCCCUCCCGGCGCUGUCCCUGGCUCGCCCUUCAGGCCCUUGUGCAGCAGCCACUCCGACCCCCGAAGUCGGCCUUCCUACCUGCGAAGAGGUGGCCGGUUCCUACGCUCGGUACUGCGAUCGAUGCGAGCAUCUCUGCGCCGACAAAAGACAAGACUCCAAGACCUACGAGAUGUGCAUCAACUCCGUCUUCUUUCAAGCCAACAGCUGGGAUAGCCAGUGCUGGCAGCACGGCGGGUUCGACUGCGGACCUAGGUCUAUCGACAAGGUCUGCGGUCCUGCGAAGUAG